GUCUAGGCCCGAAACGUCAGCUUUUGUGCUCCUGAGAUGCUGCUUGGCCUGCUGUGCUCAUCCAGCCUCACAUUUUAUUAUUUUAGGAGAGAGAGCUGUUUUGGUUUGUGAUACAAGAGACGAGGCUGUCUAUGCCUUUCACCCAGCGGUAGCUCUCCUCCUGUCCCUGCCUCUAUGCACACACUCUGCCAGGCACAGUCUUCCUCCCUCUGUGUGUGUGUGUGUGUGUGUGUCUCUCUCUCUCUCUCUCGCUUCAGCUCCUAAAACCUAAGAUGCAUCGGAUAUAAAAACACGCACAUAAACACACACGCACAUCAACAAGCCAUGGGGAAAGAUCAGGAAUUACGGCAAACUGUCAAAACCGAAGAUGUAGCUGCAAUGCAGAAGCUGUUGCAAAGGCCGAAACAAGGCAAAGCGAGACACAAUCAUUGCCUUGGAAGCUUCAUCAUGAUACGACAUUGCAUUUCUGAAGAGGGAAGAAGAAAUCAACAUGCAAAUUCAAUUCCAUGGUUUUGGAAGUCCCAUUGAGAACACGAUUCAUGUGCGCUGGCAUAAUGCUCUGACCGAGAAAGAAUCGAAGCUUCCGCUUGGAAGAAAGAUUCACAUCAAGUUGACUGGUCAAGUAAAUGGGACACUGACUAACCAUACAAUUAGUCUGUUUUGAUGAGGAACUUAAAGAUUACGAGUCCCGUCCGUUUGACUCAGAGUUUGGUACCAUAGGUUGGUACGAUCUUCGUUGGAGAAGGACAAGGGAUGUUCCAGAUACAGAAAAUAGUCAAACCAUUUACUACAAAGUCCGUUUCUGGGUGGAGUUAGUGGAACCGAAAAAGAUGUCUCCCUCACAGCGUUUGUGACAAAAGAAUUGCAUUGUUCCUUGGCGGCCUUUCAACAGAAGAAUAUUCAGAGAUUUCACGAGUGAUUCUGAUGUUGGUUCCUGGAAAGCCUCCAUUGUUGGAGGACGAGAAGCCGUAUCCAAUUGAAGCAGCACGGGCUUCUGCGAUGACUGUGGAAACCACUGCUUAUGCCUUGCUUCAAGCAUUGUCAAGGAAUGAUAUUGACUAUGCAACACCGAUUGCGAGGUGGCUAACGAUGCAACAGAACUAUGGUGGUGGAUUUCACUCGACGCAGACAACAUCAGGUGAAGAUGUACGUGAUUUCAGCAAGGUGCUGAAAAAUAAGUUCAGAUCAAAGAAACACUUUGCCAAACAUCCUGGCUUGAGUUAUUUACUAGUACAAACAGUUCUAGAAGGCGAGAACCUUGAGAGUAGCACGCUGAGUAUUGUUAUCCCGAUAGUUCUUUCGUAUCAGUCCGUGUGUAUUCCUGGGCGAAUGUGCUCGUGUGGUCUCAGGAGUUGCGGAGGUCACGGCUCUGGGACAGCCGUUUCAUCGCUCUAUGCUGCAGAACCUACCCCGGAAGAGAGAGCCCAGAGAAUUGCCAAAGCUGUCCGCAAACAGUCAACAGAAGUGAAGGAAAAUUGGGAGCAAUUGAAAACCCGUGCGAGCAACUGGCAGAAACAGGUGGAAAAGGCGUUGGAGAAACUUCAAGAGCUGCAGAAAGCGCUGGAUGAUCUUGAGGCUCAUGUGAUAACAGCUGAGGGGGUCCACACUGAUUGGCAACCUGUGGGUGACCUGCUUAUUGACUCAUUGCAGGAUCACAUUGAUAAAACCACAGGUAAGGACUAUCUGCAAAAUCUGAGAUUGGGUUUUGAAAGACAGCAGCCUUUGUUUUGGAGAGAUAAUGGGAACUGCAGAUGCUGGAGAACGCGAGAUAACACCGUGUGGAACUGGAUGAAGACAGCAGGCCAAGCAGCAUCUCAGGAGCACAAAAGCUGACGUUUCGGGCCGAGAACCUUCUUCAGAAAAUGGGGAGGGGGUGCGGGUUCUGGAAUAAAUAGGGAGAGAGGGGGAGGCGGAUGGAAGAUGGAUGGAGGAGAAGAUAGGUGGAGAGGAGAGUAUGGGUAGGGAGGCAGGGAGGGGAUAGGUCAGUCUGGGGAGGCCGGACAGGUCAAGGGAGCGGGAUGAGGGGAAAUAGGGGUGCGGCAUGAGGUGGGAGGGGGGAUGGGUGAGAGGAAGAAUAGGUUAGGGAGGCAGGGACGAGCUGGGCUGGUUUUGGGAUGCAGUGGGAGGACAGGAGAUUUGGAAGCUUGUGAAAUCCACACUGAUACCAUUGGGCUGCAGGGUUCCCAAGCAGAAUAUGAGUUGCUGUUCCUGCAACCUUCGGGUGGCGUCAUUAUGGCACUGCAGGAGGUCCAGGUUGGACAUGUCCUCUCAGGAAUGGGAGGGGGAGUUGAAAUGGUUCGUGACUGGGAGGUGCAGUUGUUUAUUGCAAACUGAGCGUAGGUGUUCUGAAAAGUGGUCCCCAAGCCUCUGCAUCGUUUCCCCAAUGUGGAGGAAGCCACAACGGGGACAGCGGAUGUUUUGGAUAUUUCUUAAGCAUUGAUUUUCAUUCAGAGUUGGUUGGAUUUGGCUGAAGCAAUAGACAUAACUCACAAUGACAUAGACAAUGUCAGAGUUAAUGUUUCGCGUCCUGUGACCCUUCCUCAGAUCUCACUCUUCACUGAUGCUGCCAGACCUGCUGAGCUUUUCCAGCAACUUCUGCUUUUGUUGCUGAUUUACAGUGCCCACAGUUAGAACAUAGAACAUAGAACAGUACAGCACAGAAAAGGCCCAUCAGCCCACAAUGUUGUGCCGACCAUUGAUCCUCAUGUAUGCACCCUCAAAUUUCUGUGACCAUAUACAUGUCCAGCAGUCUCUUAAAUGACCCCAAUGACCUUGCUUCCACAACUGCUGCUGGCAACGCAUUCCAUGCUCUCACAACUCUCUGCGUAAAGAACCUGCCUCUGACAUCCCCUCUCUACUUUCCACCAACCAGCUUAAAACUAUGACCCCUCGUGCUAGCCAUUUCUGCCCUGGGAAAUAGUCUCUGGCUAUCAACUCUAUCUAUGCCUCUCAUUAUCUUGUAUAUCUCAAUUAGGUCCCCUCUCCUCCUCCUUUUCUCCAAUGAAAAGAGACCGAGCUCAGUCAACCUCUCUUCAUAAGAUAAGCCCUCCAGUCCAGGCAGCAUCCUGGUAAACCACCUCUGAACCCUCUCCAAAGCAUCCACAUCUUUCCUAUAAUAGGGCGCCCAGAACUGGACGCAGUAUUCCAAGUGCGGUCUAACCAAAGUUUUAUAUAGCUGCAACAAGAUCUCACGACUCUUCAACUCAAUCCCCCUGUUAGUGAAAGCCAAAACACCAUAUGCUUUCUUAACAACCCUGUCCACUUGGGUGGCCAUUUUAAGGGAUCUAUGUAUCUGCACACCAAGAUCCCUCUGUUCCCCCACGCUGCCAAGAAUCCUAUCCUUAAUCCUGUACUCAGCUUUCAAAUUCGACCUUCCAAAAUGCAUCACCUCGCAUUUAUCAAGGUUGAACUCCAUCUGCCACCUCUCAGCCCAUCUCUGCAUCCUGUCAAUGUCCCGCUGCAGCCUACAGCAGCCCUCUACACUGUCAACGACACCUCCGACCUUUGUGUCGUCUGCAAACUUGCUGACCCAUCCUUCCAAUUCCCUCGUCCAAGUCAUUAAUAAAAAUUACAAACAGUAGAGGCCCAAGGACAGAGCCCUGUGGAACUCCACUCACCACUGACUUCCAGGCAGAAUCUUUUCCUUCUACUACCACUCGCUGUCUUCUGUUGGCCAGCCAAUUCUGUAUCCAAGCAGCUAAGUUCCCCUGUAUCCCAUUCCUCCUGACCUUCUGAAUGAGCCUACCAUGGGGAACCUUAUCAAAUGCCUCACUGAAGUCCAUAUACACCACAUCCACAGCUUGACCCUCAUCAACUUUUCUAGUCACAUCCUCAAAACCUCGAUAAGGUUUGUAAGGCAUGACCUACCCCUCACAAAGCCGUGUUGACUGUAUUUGAUCAAGCCAUGCUCUUCCAGAUGGUCAUAAAUCUUAUCCCUCAGAAUCCUUUCCAACAACUUGCAGACGACAGACGUGAGACUUACCGGUCUAUAAUUGCCAGGGAUUUCCCUAUUUCCUUUCUUGAAGAGACGAAUUACAUUUGCCUCUCUCCAGUCCUCAGGUACGACUCCAGUGGAGAGCGAGGAUGCAAAGAUCUUCGCAAGUGGCGAAGCAAUUGCAUUCCUCGCUUCCCAAAGCAGCCGAGGACAAAUCUGAUCCGGGCCUGGCGACUUGUCAAUCUUCAUGUUUGACAAAAUUUUCAGCACAUCAGCUUCGUCUAUCUCUAUCCAUUCCAGCAUGCACACCUGCUCUUCAAACGUUUCAUUCACUACAAAGUUUGUUUCUUUCGUAAAGACAGAAGCAAAAAACUCAUUUAGGGCUUCCCCUACCUCCUCAGGCUCCACACCCAAGUUCCCUAUGCCAUCCCUGAUCGGCCCUAUGACGCAGGCAAAACUCUAUCUCUGCAGGAAGCAUGAUGCUGUGUUCUCAAACUUCCCUGCCUUUUUGUCAUAUAAUAUUGUCUUUUUAGGACAGAAGUGGCUUUUUUUUGUUUGCUUUGACUUGUGCACAUACUUUCUAUGCAUGUUAAAAUUCUACACCUUUUCAGUUCACUGCAGUGCUGCAUAAUGAAGACUUGGAACAAUUUUUUUUUUUAUAAAGUAGAAAAUCAGUGUGGUUUGUUUUCCAAAAUGUGAUGUGUAAGUGCAACACUUAACAGUGUGUUCAUCAAACUAUUGUUUCCUUUGAUCUUUGUGUUGCAGAAAUUUCUAGAAUCAUUUCAUAUAUAUUUUUCUUGAUAUAUUUUAGCAGCUUUCCUGGAGCAAGUCUGGUUUCCUUCGGAUGAGACGACUUUCAGACAUACUCCCUUUAUUAUGAGAUUUAAUUGCAGUAAAAUGAGGAGGAUUUUUAUUCACUGAGACACACAUGACUAUAUGUUUAAAGCAUUGGAAAAUGCGUUCUGUUCGGACUGUCAUGUUAUCUGGUGUUUGUACCAGGCUUUCCGAUUAAAUGCAAGUGAUUAAGGAUGCUAAUGAUGCCACAUGUUAUUACAAGAGGAAAUGAACAUACAAGUCAGGAUUUUAUGCCACAUUUAUACAUAGCAUAUACCAUGCAGCAUGGAUGCAGUGACUGAGUGAAAUGGGAUGCAGUGACUGAGUGAAAUGGGAUGCAGUGAUUGAGUGAAAUGGGAUGCAGUGACUGAGUGAAAUAGGGAUGCAGUGUCGGAGGGAAAUAGGGAUGCAGUGACUGAGACAAAUGGGAUGCACUGACAGAUGGAAAUGGGAUACAGUGCCUCAGUGAAAUGCUCACAACGAAUUGCCCCCUCCAGUCCUGACCCGCUCUCAGCAACUUGCCCCCUCCGUUCUGACCCACUCGCAGCGACCUGCCCCUACAGUCGUGACCCGCUCACACCGACUAGCGCCUGCAGUCCUGACCCGCUCACACCGACUAGCGCCUGCAGUCCUGACCCGCUCACAGUGACUCGCCCCUGCAGUCCUGACCUGCUCACAGCGACUUCUCUCUGCAGACCUGACCCACUCACAGCGAAUUACCCCUGCAGUCCUGACCCGUCAUUGCGACUUGUCCCUGCAGUCCUGACCCCCUCUCAGCGACUCGCCCCUUCAGUCCUGUCCCAAUCACAAGGACUUGCCCUCUCCAUCCUUACCCGCUCACAGCGACUUGCCCCCUCAGUCCUCAGCCCCUCACAGCGACUUGCCACCUCAGUCUUGACCCACUCACAGCGACCUCCCCCCUCUGUCCUGACCCCCUCACAGCAACCUGCCCCCUCCGUGCUGACCCCCUCACAGCAACCUGCCCCCUCCGUGCUGACCCGCUCACAGUGACUUGCCCCUGCAGUCCUGGCCCCGACACAGUGACCUGCCCCCUCACUCCUGACCCGCUCAACAUUGAGGAAACCAAGCAGAGGCUUGGGGACCGCUUUGCAGAACACCUCCACUCGGUUCGCAACAAACAACUGCACCUCCCAGUCGCGAACCAUUUUAACUCCCCCUCCCAUUCCUUGGACGACAUGUCCAUCAUGGGCCUCCUGCAGUGCCACAAUAAUGCCACCCGAAGGUUGCAAGAACAGCAACUCAUAAUCCGCUUUGGAACCCUGCAACCCAAUGGUAUCAAUGUGGACUUCACAAGCUUCAAAAACUCCCCCUCCCCAACUGCAUCCCAAAACCAGCCCAGUUCUUCCCCUCCCGCGACUGCAUCACAAAACCAGCCCAGCUGUUCCCUUCCCCCGACACCAGCCCAGCCGUUCCCUUCCCCCGACUGCUUCCCAAAACCAGCCCAGCCUGUCUCCGCCUCCUUAACCUGUUGUUCCUCUCACCCAUCCCUUCCUCCCACCUCAAGCCACACCUCUAUUUCCUACCUACCACCUCAUCCUGCCUCCUUGACCUGUCCAUCUUCCCUGGACUGAACUAUCCCCUCCCUACCUACUCACCUGUACUCUCCUCUCUACCUAUCUUGUUUUCUCUCCAUCUUCGGUCCGCAUCCCCCCCUCUGCCUAUUUAUUCCAGUUCCCUCUCCCAUCCCCGUCUCUGAUGAAGGGUCCAGGCCCGAAAUGUCAGCUUUUGUGCUCCUGAGAUGCUGCUUGGCCUGCUGUGUUCAUCCAGCUCCGCACUUUGUUAUCUUGGAUUCUCCAGCAUCUGCAGUUCCCAUUAUCAGUGGCAUUUUCCUCUUCAUCAAAGUUUGUGCAAAAGCAACACGAUAUGGGGCGGCACGGUGGCUCAGCGGUUAGCACUGCAGCCUCACAGCACUGGGGACCCAGGUUCAAUUCCAGCCUCAGGCAACUGUCUGUGUGGAAUUUGCACCUUGUCCCUGUGUCUGCGUGGGUUUCCUCCAGGUGUUUCAGUCUCGUCCCACAAUCCAAAGAUGUGCACGCUAGGUGGAUUGGCCUUGCUAAAUUGCCCACAGUGUUCAGGGGCGUGGGUCUGGAUGGGAUGCUCCAAGGUUUGGUGUGCACUUGUGGGGCCAAAGGGCCUGUUUCCACACUGUAGGGAAUCUAAACAAUCCUGUUCCGACACCUCCAUGUUAUAACCCUGCUGAUCACUGCACACAGAGAUGUUUGAUAACAAAAGGAUAACAAUAAUAUUCAAACCCAGUGCUGAAAAUGUAAUUUAAAUGAGUAUUUGAAAUACAGAGGCCAGUGUCGAUCUUCAAUUCAACUUUUAUUUACAAAUGAUCUGUCUUCAACUUUAGCACUGCCUCAUUCAGAGAUAGUUGCCAGGGUGUCAGCGUCUCUGACCCUCACACUUCUUAUCUGUCAGCCAGGGCUCCCUGAUUUGGGCUGUUCAUAUGGAGCAAUCAGUCAACUCUCAUUCUGAGAGGUUCAACUGGCCGACCUGGUCACAAACCAGUGCGGUGUGUUCAUCGAAAAUCAAACAUGUACUAGAAAGGUACCAUUACAUACUAGUGUAAAGGAAGGCAUGACGCUAAACUGGGGAGAGAAGGGAACUGCUAAUUGGGGGUGGCCCAGAGAGUAGAAGAAAAUCGAAUGGGAAGAUGUUACCAUUUGAGACUGAGGGAGAGAGAUGUAAUUGCCUGAAUGAGGCAUUGCAAUUGCGAAAUGGAUUUUUGUGUGUACACCAUGUUCAGUUUCCCCGAUCUGUGCUCCUCUUUAAAUCAUUAGUAUCUGAAAUUUCUGUAUCAUUUCCAAAUGCUCUGUCUCUAAUGUUAUGCUGUUGGAAUUGGUUGAACUGCAGAGAUAUCAUUUAUUUGCACAAAUGUGUUCAGUGAAAUGAGUUGCAUGCUAUAUAUGUAUUAUUCUUCCUGAUUCUAUUGUACGCAUACAAAUUAAAGUUAGUUCCACUUUUGAAGAACAAA